GCGGAAGUGGGGUACCGGAAGCGACAGUUGCCAUGGAGCCCGCGGAGGACUGGCUGGUGGAAUCCUUGCGCUUGUAAAUCGUGUGGGCUUGGGACGUGGAAUCCGGGUCUGGAGCUGGCUUGGGGGCGGACGGGCGCGGCAUGGAGCACGCAGGAAACCCGCGGCAUGUGGGGCGGGACCUGUACGGAGGACUCCGCCUGGGCCUCGGCUCCCGCAGCUGGGAAAUGGCACCUUCCUGUGUACCAGGAUUUCCAUGCAUUCGACCUCUCGGGAGCCACUCGAGUCCUUGAAUGGAUUGGUGACAAAGGAAUCUUGGUUGCUGGCUAUGAAAGCCUGAAAAAAAAUGAGAUUCUUCAUCUGAUAUUACCUCUCAGACUUUCUGUAAAAGAAAACCAGGGCUUAUUCCCUGAAAGAGAUUUCAGGGUACGCCAUGGAGGAUUUUCAGACGGGUCUGUCUUUGAUCUGAAGUAUGUGCCAGACACCAGGUUGCUGGUGACCAGUGGCCUUCCCGGUUGUUACCUGCAGGUGUGGCAGGUUGCAGAGGACAGCGAUGUCAUUAAGGCUGUCAGCACCAUUGAUGUGCACGAGAAGGAGGGGCGUCUCUGGCCCAGGAUGGCCAUCUUCUCGUCGGCGGCGCCCGGAGUCCUCCACGGGGCCAGGCUCAGCAGUCUGAAGGUGGUGGAUCUGGAAUCACAGAAGACCACCUACAGCUCAGGUGUCAGUGACGACGAGUUGCUGAGUAGCCUGCAGGUCCUGGACGCAGAUACCUUUGCCUUCUGCUGCACCUCGGGCCGCCUGGGGCUUGUCGACACCCGCCAGAAGUGGACCCCGUCAGAGAACCUCAGGCCCGGCUCUGGGUCCGCUGGAGGGAGGUGGUGUGCAGAAGCUGGGGGCCGGGGCCCUGGGCCCAGCAUUGCCAGCCUUGGCUCGGACGGGCAGCUCUGUCUUCUUGACCCCCGGGAUCUCUGCCAGCCGGUGAGCUUGGUCCAGUGCCCAGUGUCCAUGCCUAGCCCUGACCCAGAGCUGCUGCGAGUGACUUGGGCUCCAGGCCUGGACAACUGCUUGGCCAUUUCAGGUUUUGAUGGGACGGUCCAGGUCUAUGACGUCACGUCUUGGGGUGGAAUGGGGCGCCAAGUAGAACCUCUCUUCACUCACAAAGGUCACAUCUUCCUAGACGGCAAUGGGAUGGACACUGCUCCACUGGUCACCACCCACACCUGGCACCCCUGCAAACCGAGGACUUUGUUGUCUGCAGCAAGUGAUGCCUCUCUGCACGUAUGGGACUGGGUGGACCUCCAUGCUGCCCGCUGACUCCAGCAUCUUUCCGCCCAGGCCCUAGGAAGCUGCUGUGUAGCAAGGAUAUUGAUUCAAGAUUCAAGUGACCACAGAGCCCUGUUACCAGCUGAGUGGCUGUGGGCAAGUUAACCAGCCCCUCAGUCCCAGUUUAUUUGUAGAAUGAGACUGGUAAUAACUACCUGGUAGGACUGUUGGGAAAGUUAGAAGUAACAUAUUUAAAACUAACUGGUAAGGGGACUUCCCUGGUGGCACAGUGGUUAAGACUCCGCACUCCCAAUGCAGGGGGCCCGGGUUCAAUCCCUGGUCAGGGAACUAGAUUCCACAUGCAUGCUGCAACUAAGAGUUCGCAUGCCACAACUAAGGAGCCUGCCUGCCGCAACUAAGGAGCCCAUGUGCUGCAACUAAGGCUCCUGCGAGCCACAACUAAGGAGCCCACCUGCUGCAACUAAGACCCAGCACAACCAAAUAAAUAAUAAAAAAUAAUAAUAAUAACUGGUAGGAUUCAUGGCACAAUAAAGAUUUCGUAGCUACUCUUAGAUCUGGGAGCCCCAUUUCCCCCAAGUGUAAAAUGGCAGCGUUUUACCCCUGUCUGCAUUCACAACAUCAUGGAAUCUGAAGAGCCAACGAAUGUAAACAGGUUCUGUGAACUUUUCUACAGAAGUGAAAAUGUAUAGUGACAGAUAAUCAUGAAAAAAGUCAACGCCAGUAGCAAUUAAGGAAAUAGCAAUUAAAAUAAGGUUAUGCCAUUUUUAUCUACUAAAUUGCCAAAUUUUAAAACAUUUUUGCCUUGAACAGCUGUUAGAGGUUACAUGGUACACAAUUCAGAAGGUACAGAGGAGCAUCUUAGUUCUUUGGGGGCAGCUGUUUUUAAAGGUGGUAACAGCCAGGGUGGGGAGCUAGGCAUUCUCAUCAGUACCACCUGCAGCUGGCAUUCAGGCAGAGACUGGCCACCCUCCUCUUGGGCGGUUCUCACUGGAACACGGCCUUCACCAGGGUGAUGCUUUCCAACCCCUGCCCCCCAGGGGAGUAGGCCCAAAGGACAUUUCUUUUUGGUGGCCCGUAGCAAAUAUGAAAGUGUACCUGCAUGUGAUUCCUCACUGUCACAUUUGUUAAAGGAUUUUCAGCAAUUUUCUUGUUGAAAUUAUGUGAUUACUAGUCAGUUUGGGCUCUGAUUUUUUUUUAAAGUAGCUUUAUUGAGAGAUAAUUCACAUACCAUACAAUUCAACCAUUUAAAAUGUACAAUUUAAUGGGUUUUGGUAUACUACUUUAUUAGUUUUUAAAAAUUAUGGUAAAAUAUAUCUAACGAUUUGCCAUUUUCCCCAUUUUUAAGUGUACAACUCAGUGGCAUUAAUUACAUUCACAAUGUUGCAUGACCAGCACCACUAUUUGUUUCCAAAACUUUUCAUCACCCCAAACAAACUGACUAUUGUGGGCUCUGGUUUUUUGGCUCUCAG